AUGGCAAGAGAUUAUUUGACAAUUCCUGCAACUAGUGUACCUGUUGAACGUGCAUUUUCAAAUGCUGCAGAUGUUAUUACAAAAGAUAAAGCAAGACUUACACCUGAAACUAUACGUGCAAUUAUGUGUUGGAAAUCUUGGAUAAUUCAAAUAUUUUAA